AAACUGCAGACCAUAAAGAACAGUCUUGGUUUUAGGUUACGUAAGAUGUUUACGUCUCUCGAUUCCCAGGUUCAUCGUCUCGACGUUAUGGAGAGAGACAUUCUGGAUAAUGUCGGAGAGAUCCCGAUUUCUUCCAAAACUUGGUUCAUGUUCCGAGUCUACCGGGAUCGGAUUAGAAAAAGCCGGGGAGCGGUCUCGAACCUUAGCUACAAACUCAACAAACCCGUGUCCUUCAUCUAUAACAUUGAUGAGGAGCCUGUAGAGACAACGACCGACGUCGAAGUGGCUUUGAGACAGAUUUUGGAGCAGCUAAAACAGAACAUUGAGCUCAUGGGCAUUUUUUCCAGGGAUCGCGCAAAAAUUCUUCGGCUCUUGGAGAGCGUUAGAACUGGCACGGACAAAUCCAUCGUAGCGGAACAGAAGAUGAACGAAUGUUUGAGCUUGAUGGGCCGCGUGCCAGAGAUCGAGAAAUCUGUGAAAGCCGUCCUGCUGGAACACCAAGCCGACCAAGCUGCGGCGCAAUCCAAAAACAACAGCAACAGCUUGUCCACAGAGAAACUUCUGAACAAAAUCCUGCUGGCUAAGUCUGGCAGUAGGAUGGAAUCCAUCGACCCAAUGUGCCUGAACGUGGGUAAAACUUGGCAGAGAUGUAGUUUUGUGUACGACGGCUCCUACACAGAUUGCCACGGCUCUCAGUAUGUCAGACUGUCUGGCUAUGACGUGGGUAGGUACGUGGGUGUGGUCACUUGUGGUGAACACAGGAACAAAAGGUAUAAAAUAUUCCUUGGCGAUUCACUGAGUUCCAAGUUUCUUUCCAUCGCGGACUUGAACGGCAAGGGAGAGGACCAUUGCGAAUUUUUGGGUGCCGGAUCCAGCCCUUACUGGAGACACAGUAUGUCCUAUACACCAGGUACAUUUGAAGGUUACUUGAGGCGGAGGAGAGGAGAACCACCAGUUCGACGGACACUCCACGGCAGUACUGGUCAUUACUCCCCCAAGUGGUACGAGUGUGGGGUUGCCGUGCCAUAACUGGAGAGUCGGGGUUUACGUUGUCACACGGAAUAACACGUGGUCCACCGACAGGAAACCAUGACACAUCAAGAGAAAGACGGCAAAUGUUUACCUAAUGUAUGGCAUUACUUUGUGGCACAGAAAAAGUGAAAUAUCCUUCCAUGGUUUAUCUUACCAAUGGCACAAAGAUUUUGCAGAAAAAGUUUCUCUGCGUGCAAUGCGAAUUAGCCCGGUAUACAAGAUCAUCAGAGUAUUUUCUUCCCAAAAUGUGGCCCAACCAUGGAGUUAUAAACAGCUAUACCGGUAUAUAUUUAUACAUUUAUAAUGUGUACCGCAAGUAUCAGGUUGUCAUGACAGGUCAUACACUGUUAAACUUUUUCCAUAAACUUUUAGUGAAAUAAGUGCAGCUGGACUGGAUCCGCUUCAGUGAAGUUUCACUUCACGUAAAACUAUACUAUUACUUUUGUAAUGUAAAGGUUAACAUUUAUCUUGAUGUCUUCCAGCCGUCGUGUGUAAACCUCUUCUGAAACAUUUACUCAAAAAUAUGCAGCCUAGAUUUGCAGUCCUUAUUCAUGCAGGCUGCGGUGGGCUUAUAGGCCUAUUUCCUUAGGAAAGUAUUGAUUUAGUACACAUCAUUUAAAAAAAUAUAUAUGUAUAAGCGUCAUACAUGGCAAAACGUAAACGUUCAGCGAUUUGAGUGGAGAGUGGGAUAUACCCUUACCUUAACAUGUACAUGCUUAAAGAGUAAAAGAGUAAAAAUACCUUAGUUCCAAGUAAAAAUAUCUUAGUUCAUCUUAUAAAUGAGGAAUGUUAACUGGAAAAGAUAAACAUUUCCACAAUAUGUGUAAAACAUAUGCAGUUAUCGCUGAAAGUUUACUAGAAUUUCUAACAGUGUGUGUGUGCGCUACAGUACUUAUGUUUUAUGACAUUAUGGCUAAGCAGACGACCCCUUUAAGAAACCACCAACUUACACUGUAUGAGAAAUAUUCUACCAGGUAGGCAAUCCACUGAAUACAUUGGCCGUCAGUCUGCCACCCAGUGGACUCGUCAGUCGAUGUAUUUGUCGCCGCUCUUGUCGGCAUGGCAUCUUAGUUACCGUUGGCAACUGGUUCGCUUCCAGCGUCUGUUUUGAAACAAAUACAUAUC